AUGGUGUCUAAGGGAUUAUUAGGGAGCAUUAGGUUCUCCCUUACUGCAUUCUAUUUGUUUUUAGUGCUCAUUACUGUCCCAAUUUCAUUUCAAGUGGGCGGACUAUACUGUGGUUUAUCAUUCACUGUGACGCUUUUUAAUCUUUAUUUCAUAACAGCGACUUUAAAAAUUACGUUAGGUACAAGGAGUCGGACUGUUAGGUUGGUCACUUCAUUGGUAUACUAUUUGCAGCACUUUCUUAUUCCCUCGAUUUUGUUUUUAUUUCUUUCAGGGUUUAGUUAUAAUCAGCUGCAAAGGAAAUUAGUAGGGGCAGAUGAGAUGUUCAAGUCAAAAAAUAUGUUAGUUUUUGACAGUAAUGUGAAUGAGACAUUGGUUCAAUUAUUGGGUAGGGUUCAAAAUGAUGGGUCGGAUAUUACGUUUUACUAUUAUUAUAGAUAUUGUGUUGUGCCUUGGCAGUAUAUGCUUCUGCACGCGACGCCCUAUUUUUCAUUAGCCGAAGGGUUUUUUACUGUUUUAGCUAUCCAAGCCAUUGGUGAGACUGGAAGAUGGUUGAAAUUUAAGAAGAAUAGUAAUACGUGGGUUAUUUUAAGUUUAAUGGUUUCCGGGGUACUAAUCACGACCUCGAUGUAUUACCUAUACAGGAUUUAUGUUACUCCAAUUUGGCCUCUAAGUGUACAAACAGCUACUUUAUUGGGCUUUACAUUAUCACUUGUGUUUGGUUUGGGUCUUUAUGGCAUUAUUAGUGGUAAGGGAUCUGCCAUUGAGAGUUCAUUAUUCUUUGCUUACAUGGUUCGUUGUAUAUACGAGAUUUCCCCUAAGCUCGCCCUAACCGCGAUGAGCGAAAUAUUCCAAAUUGUUCACAAUUCAUGGCAAUUACAACAAGGGAACCUUUCAAGGAACAAUCUGCUAACAUAUUUUAAGGGAUUCCGGCUAAAUACCGAGCUAAUUUGGAAUACAUUACAGCGAAAACUCUUAUCAAACAAGCACCCCGUUGAAACUGUUGCGCACAGAAGUCCUUCUUUAUCUAUACUCGUUGAAAAGACCGCUAGACUGCUGCAACAGCAAUGGUGGCUAAAAUGGCAACAGCUCUGGAGCUUUAUAAUGAAUGUCUUUGUUGGCGUUUCGCGUCCUAUUCAUGAGAUCUUAGUGGUUACGUUGAAGAUGGCCAAAGAAUCGAUGAAUCCGGCAGUCAUUACAAAUCUAGGAUUUCGCGUACUUGUGUUCUACUCGGCUACACGGAUAAUCCCAGCUAUCCAGAUGUCUACUGGGGGCACCCAGAGCAGAAAACUAAUGAAGAUUAUAUAUUGGUACUCUCCCUGUAUUGUUAUUGCAAUGUAUACACAUCUAAUAUUGCGCUACAGCGGGGAGCUAAACAAUGACCUGUGCAUAUGGGGAUGUAUCCCGUGGAUCAAUUCGAACAGGACAGGAGAUAAAUGGAUAGUUGACGCGUGGAGUUUCUGGAAUUGGUGCAAUUUGUUUUUCACAAUACUGAUAUACGCAGUUGAAUUAAUUUGCAGUAGGUAG